AAAGCAGGAGCAGUGCAUUGUGCCUUAUAUAAACCACCUGUUUAUCAUCAAUUUUUUCAACAUAAUACCUAACUUUAGAGCUUGAGACUUAGACUUCACUUCUCUUCUAAUCUUGUUAAACUACAGAUAAGAGUAUACUCAACAACUCUACUUACCACUGUGUCUCUCUUUAAUCUUUCCUGCUUCAAUGGCCAGCAAGACCCUCACAGAUCCAGAGAAACCAAAUGCGGCUGCCACCGAGGAUGAAGAGAGGACGCCGGUGGAGGAGGUGGCGUUGGUCGUUCCCGAAACAGAUGACCCUACUCUGCCAGUCAUGACCUUUCGUGCUUGGUUUCUUGGUUUGACAUCAUGCGCGCUGCUUAUCUUUCUUAACACUUUCUUCACCUACCGUACGCAACCACUCACCAUCUCUGCAAUCCUCAUGCAAAUCUCUGUCUUGCCCGUUGGCAAGUUCAUGGCUAGGACUCUGCCAACCACGGAGUACAGUCUUCUUGGAUGGCGCUUUAGCUUGAAUCCUGGGCCCUUCAACAUGAAGGAGCAUGUCAUUAUCACCAUCUUUGCCAAUUGUGGGGUGUCUUUUGGUGGAGGUGAUGCUUAUUCCAUUGGUGCCAUUACUGUCAUGAAGGCUUAUUAUAAACAGAGCUUGAAUUUUCUCUGCGGCCUCCUUAUUGUCUUGACUACUCAGAUUUUGGGGUAUGGAUGGGCUGGUAUGCUUCGGAGGUACCUGGUUGAUCCUGCAGAAAUGUGGUGGCCUUCAAACCUGGCUCAGGUUUCUUUGUUUCGAGCACUCCAUGAAAAGGACCCGAAAAUGAAAGGAUUGACUCGAAUGCAAUUUUUUCUUGCUGCACUGGUGGCAAGCUUCGCUUAUUAUGCUCUGCCAGGCUAUUUAUUCCCAAUCUUAACAUUCUUCUCAUGGGUUUGUUGGGUGUGGCCCCAUGGUAUCACAGCUCAGCAAAUCGGGUCUGGAUACCAUGGACUUGGCAUUGGUGCCUUCACCCUUGAUUGGGCUGGGAUCUCAGCUUAUCAUGGCAGUCCACUGGUUACGCCCUGGUCCUCAAUUCUCAACGUGGGGAUAGGCUUUGUCAUGUUUAUCUACAUCAUUGUCCCUGUGUGUUACUGGAAGUUUAACACUUUCGACGCUCAAAGAUUCCCAAUAUUCUCUAAUCAGCUGUUUACUUCCAGUGGGCAUAAAUAUGAUACAACUAAGAUCUUGACACCGCAGUAUGAUCUAAAUGUUUCUGCUUAUAACAGUUAUAGCAAACUCUAUCUUAGCCCUCUUUUUGCCUUAUCUAUUGGAUCGGGAUUCGCAAGAUUCACAGCAACCCUCACUCAUGUGGCAUUGUUUCAUGGCAGUGAUAUUCUGAAGCAGAGCAGAUCAGCAAUGAAGAAUGUGAAGUUGGACAUCCAUGCAAGGCUGAUGAAAAGAUACAAACAAGUGCCUCAAUGGUGGUUUUACAUUUUAUUGAUCGGAAGUAUUGCUCUGUCACUCCUGAUGUCUUUUGUGUGGAAAGAGGACGUACAGCUGCCAUGGUGGGGUAUACUCUUUGCCUUUGGUUUGGCUUGGAUUGUCACCCUUCCUAUUGGAGUCAUUCAGGCAACUACCAAUCAGCAACCUGGAUAUGACGUUAUAGCCCAGUUCAUAAUUGGUUAUAUCUUACCCGGAAAGCCCAUUGCAAACCUGCUUUUCAAGAUUUAUGGGCGGAUCAGCACAAUUCAUGCUCUUUCUUUCUUGUCUGACCUCAAACUUGGGCACUACAUGAAAAUCCCACCACGCUGCAUGUACACAGCUCAGCUUGUGGGAACUCUAGUUGCAGGUAUUGUCAACCUUGGAGUUGCAUGGUGGAUGUUAGAUAGCAUUGACAACAUCUGUGAUGUUGAAGGAAAGCAUCCUGAGAGCCAAUGGACCUGUCCUAAAUACCGAGUCACCUUUGAUGCUUCUGUUAUUUGGGGCUUAAUUGGACCAAAGCGGCUUUUUGGACCUGGAGGGAUGUACCGUAACUUAGUGUGGUUGUUCCUCAUUGGAGCGGUCUUGCCUGUUCCUGUUUGGAUAUUGAGCAAAAUUUUCCCUGAAAAGAAAUGGAUUCCCUUGAUUAACAUACCAGUUAUAUCUUAUGGUUUUGCUGGAAUGCCACCUGCAACUCCCACGAAUAUAGCAAGCUGGCUUAUCACUGGAACCAUAUUCAACUAUUUUGUGUUCAAGUAUCAUAAGCGCUGGUGGCAGAAAUAUAACUAUGUUCUAUCUGCAGCAUUAGAUGCUGGAACUGCUUUCAUGGGUGUUUUACUGUUUUUCGCUUUGCAAAAUGAGGGCCAUAACUUGAAAUGGUGGGGCACUGACCUUGAUCAUUGUCCUCUGGCAACGUGUCCAACAGCGCCAGGUGUCGUGGUUGAAGGAUGUCCGGUUUUUAAAUAGACCAAAUCGACCAUGCACAUGAUGAUCGAAGACUUUAAAAGUCAAAGGCGAAACGGAUUAAUUUUGAGACAGGAAGGGAAAUACUAAUGUACUAUAGCCGUUACAGACAAUUUUAUGACCACUUAUGUACAUGCUUUUUAUGUCCUCUCAAUUGAAGAGGAGGUAAUGCUUUUCUUUGUGCCUAAUAGCAGAAUUUUGCUUUUUCGUCAUAUGGCUGUUGAUAGCAUCUCGUAGAUGUUGCUAGAUGAAUAAGAAGCUAUUCCUGCUACAUCCGAGAGUUUAAAAUAAUUGUGCUUUACUUUUCAUUUACAAUGUCAAUACUUGUACACUUGCCGAUCCGAAAAGACUGAGAAAGAAGAUAUAUAUAUCUCCAACAGAAUAAAUUAAAACUGUUAUAGGACUGAAACCAAAAACAAAGCAACAUUUUGAAUUUCUCAGGGAUAGGUAUAAAGCGGCCAUUGGAGAUACAUACCAGGCAUAGGAAAAUGGAUGCUAGAAAGCAGAGGAUGCCUUGAUUUUAAGUUUCACCAUCAAUGGCGUAUGUCAAAGCCACCCUGCCCCUAGCCCUGUCUGAUUAAAAUCUUAAAACCAUUCAGAUAUUUUCCACUUCUAUGUUUGAUCAGGGUCGGGUUCUAAUUUAUGCGGCAACCCAAUUUUGAG